UUUGUUAUUACUUUUUAGUUUUAACAAUAGUUGAAAAUUCAAUAUUUAUUAAUUAAGUAAAUAAAUAGUUGACCACCACUGACGAGUACUAAAUGCUAAUAAUAAAUUACUGUAAUUAUGUAAAUGUAAAAUAAAAAGAAUGUGCAAAAUAAAAUUUAGAUUAAUGUUAUAUGUAAUAGAUAUUAUUUAGAUGACAUCAUUUCUGUACCUAUACAGCUAAACCACCUACUUAAGUCAGUAUUACAUGUAUAAAAGUAUCAUUAGUUUUCAAAUAUUGUUCAUCAAUAACAUUAAACAUAUACAAUGAGUAAAGUCAAACCAAGAAAAGCUAUGGUUUUUGAAGAUAAACUAGAAAAUUUUAGUCCAAAGCGAAAGAAACAUGGUUUACAUGUACCUAAAGCCGUACCUUCCACGAUUGGUGAUAGGCUGAACAUAGCAAUUUUGUUAUUUCUGUACACAUUACAAGGUGUACCACUUGGACUUUCAGCAGCUAUACCAAUAAUAAUGCAGAAGAAACAUAUAACUUACAAAGAACAGGCCCAAUUUAGCUUUUCUACAUGGCCAUUUAGUUUAAAACUAUUAUGGGCACCUAUAGUUGAUUCUAUAUUUUGGCCAAAGUUUGGUAGAAGAAAAACCUGGCUUGUUCCUGUACAAUAUUUGAUUGGUUUUUUUCUGUUAUUUUUGGCAAUGAACAUCAAUGAUUGGCUGGUGUUUACAGAAAAUCCAAACACUACUUUUUUGACAUUAAUGUUUUUUUGUUUGAACUUCCUAGCAGCUACACAAGAUAUUGCUGUUGAUGGUUGGGCAUUAACAAUGUUAAGAAAAGAAAAUGUAGGAUAUGCUUCAACAUGUAAUAGUGUAGGACAAACAAUAGGUGCUUUUCUUGGCUAUGUUGUGUUUAUAACAUUAGAAUCACCUACUUUUUGUAAUAAAUGGCUACGAUUUACUGAGAGUACAGAGGGUUUAAUCACAUUACAAGGUUUUUUAUAUUUUUGGGGUUAUACAUUUAUGAUUGCUACAACAUUGGUAGCUAUAUUUAAACAUGAAAAAGACCAAUCAUCUCAACAUGAUAGCCUUGAUUUAAAUUUAUAUCAAACAUAUAAACUUCUUGGAGAUAUCAUGAAAUUACCAAGCGUUAAAAGCCUAUCAAUAGUAUUACUUACUGCUAAGAUAGGAUUUAGUGCAAUCGAUGUUGUUUCUAGUUUAAAAAUCAUUGAUAAAGGUAUUCCUAAAGAUGAUAUUGCUUUGAUUGGACUAUUAUCAAUACCACUCCAAAUCAUUAUACCAGUAUUGAUAACUAAGUACACAGCUGGACCUAAACCGAUGAAUGUAUAUUUAAAAUCUAUACCAUACAGAUUAUUAAUUGGUAUUGUCAUUGCAAUUAUUGUUUACUUUACACCAUAUUUUAUUUAUCAAGAUGGCAAAGUUUCAAUGUUCUAUUAUAUAAUAGUAUUGAGUUCAUUUUUACUACAUCAGUUGACUAUGUACUCAAUGUUUGUGGCUGUAAUGGCAUUUUUUGCCCGUAUAAGUGAUCCAUUAUUUGGUGGCACUAAUAUGACUUUGUUAAACACAUUAACAAAUUUAGGAGGCGCUUGGGCUAAUACUGCUGCAUUAUGGAUGACUGAUUUUUUGACAUACAAACAGUGUUCAAACAAUGAAAAUAACAUAUGUUCUACUGAAACAGAAAUUAAUGCUUGUCAAACAUCAGAUGGAAAGUGUGAAAUUACAAUUGAUGGAUUUUAUUUGGAAACUAUUUUAUGCACAAUUUUUGGAAUAAUGUGGUAUCAAUAUUUUUCAAAAAAAAUACGUAACCUGCAAUCUAAAGACCUGAAACAUUGGCACGUUGAUGCUAAAAAAUAUUCAAAAUUAUAAAUAAAAAUAAAUUGUUGAUUAUUACUUAUUAUUCAUUUGUUAUAAAAGAAAACCAGAAUAAAUAUUUUAUUUAUUGA